AUGGCCACUACUCAGUCCGCAAUCUCCAAGAGGAGAAAGUUCGUCGCUGACGGUGUUUUCUACGCCGAGCUGAACGAGUUCUUCCAGCGCGAGCUGGCUGAGGAAGGCUACUCAGGCGUCGAGGUCCGCGUUACCCCCACCGUCACCGACAUCAUCAUCCGCGCCACCCACACACAAGAGGUUCUCGGAGAGCAGGGUCGCCGUAUCCGUGAGCUCACCUCGCUCAUCCAGAAGCGCUUCAAGUUCCCCGAGAACUCGGUCUCUCUGUACGCCGCCAAGGUCCAGAACCGUGGUCUCUCUGCCGUCGCUCAAUGCGAGUCGCUCCGCUACAAGCUUCUCAACGGUCUCGCUGUCCGAAGGGCAUGCUACGGUGUGCUCAGGUUCAUCAUGGAGUCUGGUGCUAAGGGUUGCGAGGUUGUCGUGUCUGGAAAGCUCAGGGCCGCCCGUGCCAAGAGUAUGAAGUUCACUGACGGUUUCAUGAUCCACUCUGGUCAGCCCGCCAAAGACUUCAUUGACCACGCCACCCGCCACGUCCUGCUCCGCCAGGGUGUGCUCGGUAUCAAGGUGAAGAUUAUGCGUGGCUCUGACCCCGAGGGCAAGGCCGGCCCAUCUCAGACUCUUCCCGACUCCGUCACCAUCAUCGAGCCCAAGGAGGAGCAGCCCGUUGUCCAGCCCAUGUCCCAGGACUAUGGCGCCAAGGCCAUCGCCGCCCAGCAGGCAGCGGAACAGGCCAGGCAAGCGGAGCAGGGUGAGGGCGAGGCCCAGCCCGCGGAGGGCUACGCUGAGGAGCAGUAG